ACAGGAAGGAAAUGGUCCACGUGUUUCUAUGGGAACGGUCGUGGCGUUCUCGUCCGGAUAGUUAUGGCGGAUGAUUUGGACGAUUUACUUGAUGAAGUCGAAUCAAAGUUUUGUUGCAGCAGUUCGUCAUCAAAACAACCAUCUAAUGAUUUAAAAAGAACGAAGCGAAACUGCGUGAAGCAGGAGGAAAAGAAACAGUCGAGAAAACAGGGGUGCAAAGGAAGUGAAUACGAAAAUGAUGAUAUUGAUGCUGUCCUACAGGAAAUAUUGGAUGAUGAUUAUCAGCCCAUAAGUACACAUGACCCUAUUGCAACAAAGAUUUCCACAAGUGACUCAUGUUCUCAGACAAUAUCCAAGUGUUGCCCCGUGUUCCUUGGUGGAAGUUCUGUACCACAUGGAAUUGGAACCAGCAUUUCUCAAAGGGCCUGCAACCAGUUGAGGUGCACAUCUUGCGACUUUGGUGUAGCCAUAUUUGACGAUCUUGAGUGGGACUCAUCCUGCGACUAUUUAUUUUUCAGGAAUAACAUGCCAGACUAUUACAAACUAAAAGCCAAACUGAGAAGGAAAAAGGGUGGGCGGGCGUACGCCUGCCAGUGUAGCUGGCACUCUGCCCUGUCGCUCUCGGACCUGAGAGAUCAGCACCAGCUAAAAUGGGUUUGUGGCAAACACAAAGUAUGAAAACGGAACAUGCAGCAGUUCUUCCUCUGACAAUUUUAUCUUUUGUCAUCAAGCAAGAAAUACUUUGUUCUCUCUUCCUCACAAAACAAUGCUGGCCAUUUUCAAAAAGUUUUUUUUUUCUGCAAAACUGCAAUCUGUGAGGUUGGAUGACAAAAAAGUUUUUUCUUUUUUCUGUCAGCUUCUUUGAAUAUAUUAUUGUUUUUGUUUUGUUUUUCUGUGUACUGUGCAUGUAGUAUUGUUUGGUUUUACAUAAUUUGGCAUGUAGAUGUCAUCAUCUCCUGCUCAGGGGGCGUGUGCAAUUUUUUCUCCAAUAAAAUACUAUCUAGAAUGAGAACGUUCCCUCCUCUAAUAUCACCUACAAUUGACUAGCAAGACCUACUGUGAGCUUUGAGGUUUUUAAUCAAUGGUAUACAGGUAUGUCUUUGUUGAAGGCAUCAGUCUGCAUUAUUUAAAUUUCACUAUACACCGAUAAGCCACAACAUUAAAACCACCUGCCUAAUAUCAUGUAGGUACCCCCAUGCUGCCAAAACAGCUCUGACCCAUCGAGGUAUGGACUCCUCAAGACAUCUGAAGGUGUCCUGCGGUAUCUGGCACCAAGACGUUAGCAGCAGAUUCUUGAAGUCCUGUAAGUUGCAAGGUGGAGCCUCCAUGGAUCGGACUUGUUGGUCCAGCCACAGUGUGGAAAGGCACAUUAUCCUGCUGAAAGAGGCCACUGCCAUCAGGGAAUACUGUUGCUAUGAAGGGGUGUAUGUGGUCUGCAACAAUCUUUAGGUAGGUGGUAUUUGUAAAGGAACAUCCACAUGAAUGCCAGGACCCAAGGUUUCCCAGCAGAACAUUGCCCAGAACAUCACACUGCUUCCACUGGCCUGCCUUCUUCCCAUGGUGCAUCCUGCUGCCAUCUCUUCCCCAGGUAAAUGACACACCCGGCCGUCCACAUGAUCUAAAGGAAAACGUGAUUCAUCAGAGGAGGCCACCUUCUUCCAUUGCUCCAUUGCCUAGUUCUGAUACUCACGUGCCCAUUGCAGGUGCUUUCGGCGGUGGACAGCAGUCAGCAUGGGCACUCUGACCUGUCUGUGGCUUCGCAGCCCCAUACGCAGCAAGCUGCAAUGCACUGUGUUCUGACACCUUUCUAUCAUGGCCAUCAAGUUUUUCAGCAAUUUGUGCUACAGUAGCUCUUCUGUGGGAUCGGGCCAGACGGGCUAGCCUUCGCUCCCCACACGCAUCAGUGAGCCUUGGGUGCCCAUGACCCUGUCGCCUGUUCGCCGGUUGUCCUUCCUUGGACCACUUUUGGUAGGUACUAAACACUGCAUACUGGGAACACCCCAAAUGACCUGCUCUGGAGAUGCUCUGACCCAGUCUUCUAGCCAUCACAAUUUGGCACUUGUCAGAGUCGCUCAGAUAAUAAUUAAUAAUAAUAAUUUUCUUUAUUUAUCACACAUAUACAGUGAAAUUCUUCUUUUUCACAUAUCCCAGCUAGGCUGGGGUCAGAGUGCAGGGUCAGCCAUGAUAUGGCACCCCUGGAGCAGAUAGGGUCAAGGGCCUUGCUCAAGGGCCCAACAGUGGCAUCUUGGCAGUGCUGGGGCUUGAACCCCCAACCUUCUGAUCAGUAACCCAGAGCCUUAACCGCUGAGCUACCACUGCCCAUUAUUCCUGCUUCCAACACAUGAAAUUCAAGAACUGACUGUUCACUUGUUGCCUAAUAUUUCCCACACCUUGACAGGUGCCAUUGUAACAAGAUAAUCAGUGUUAUUCAUUUCACCUGUCAGUGGUUUUAAUCACUUGUCUAAAUGUAUUUAUUUCCAUCUUAGGAAACAAAACAAAACAAUAUGUAGCAAUAUAAUGCUUUAUUUAUUUAUUUUUGUGGAUUUUGUCCCCAAAUUGGCAUGCCCAAUUUCCAAUGCGCUGUAAGUCCUCAUGGUGAUGUAGUGGCUCACCUCAAUCUCGGUGGCGGAGGAUGAAUCUCAGUUGCCUCCACAUCUGAGACAGUCAAUCCAUGCAUCUUAUCACGUAGUUUGUUGAGCGCGUUACCGCAGAGACCUACCGCCUGUGGAGGCUCACGCUAUUCUCCGCGGCAUCCAUGCACAACUCACCACGUGCCCCAACGAGAACGAGAACCACAUUAUAGCAACCAUGAGGAGAUUAACCCAAUGUGACUCUACCCACCCUAGCAACCAGGCCAAUUGGUUGCUUAGGAAGCCUGACUGGAGUCACUCAGCAUGCCCUGGAUUCAAACUUACAACUCCAGGUGUGGUAGUCAGCAUCUUUACUUGCUGAGCUACCAACCAAGCUACCAGGCCCCCAUAAUAUAAUGCUUUAUUAAAAUUUUUCAAACAAAGCCUUCCACAAUAUAAAGACAAUGCACUAAAAUAUCACCAAUUCAAGUAACAUUAAGUGUUUCUCAAUGUCUAAGUGGGAGUUUGACUAAUUGAAAGAACUAGUCCCCACAUAGAUUGUAUAUUCAUUGCAAUUGGAAUUAAAUGCCUUAAACUCUCAUCCUCCACAAAAUUAAUUUGCUGGUAGACUGUGGCUAUGCACUUUGUUACAGCAAUUGUGAAGCUGGGUUCAUGAUUCGCGUCAGGCCUCAACGCCAGCGUCAAGCACUGCUUUGAACUCCACAUGAACAGGGCUUGCAAACAAAAACGUCUCAUUCUGCAUUUUGGUGAUACUUAAGAUUUGGUUUGCGUCUGUGGUUAUUAAAAUGUGCCUUACAUAGGCUGAAAAAUACUUGAUUUCUAUCACAAGUCCCAUCUGGGCUUGUUUUGUACAUAAAAAUAGUGUUAAGAGCUCUUUUUUCCAUCAUUUUAUCACUGACAGGGAAGCGCUGUCAGAGAUUCUUUUAUUUACUGAGAUAACCUCCGUGGCUCUAUUAUAGGAGAGAGCGUAACAGUCAACUAGCAUGUUAUGACCGUUCCACCCAUAGAAUGUCUAUUGGACAGCUGCAUUAUGCUGUUUUAUGCUAAGCUUGUUGGUCCACCCUGGUAGAAGGGCUGUGGCACGUGCGUCAGUGUAAUGAUUCCAGGCGGACACAUUACAAAGGUUCUGCCCUUCACACCAGUGUUUAUGCUGUAUUAACGGUAAAUACGUUAAUCGCAAUUAAGAAAAAUUAACGCGUUAAACUUUUUUAAUCGCAUGCGUUAAUUCUGACAGCUCUAAUAUAUAUA